GCUGAACUUUCGUUGUUACAGUCGCCUCCGGCACCUCCUCGCUGCCGGUGCCUUCCCGCUGCUCCCCUGGGCCCCGCCUCCUCCAGGGGCCGGGCGAUGGGCGGGCAAGGGGGCUGGCGGGUUAAAGGGAGGCCAGCCCGGGAGUGGGCUGCCUCUGCCCGCGCCACCCUAUCCCCUCAGUCCCGCCACGGCAGAGGACGCGCCUUGGCUCCUGGUCGCACGGGGCGGCCCAGACUCGAGAGGUUUGGAAAAGCCUUUUGGCCCAGAACUCACUAAGAACUAUUCCAAAAUAGAAGGACAUAAAGAAUGCACUCAAACUAGCUUGGCCUGAAAGUAGGAAGUGAGAAGAGAGUUACAGACCAGUUGCAUUGAGGAAUGAAGAGCUGCUGUGUGUAUUCACCAAUCUAAUUGACUUGCCCAGGGAGGCUGAAACAUCUAUCUCCAGAAAUGUCUUUGAAAAAUAAAGAGCAAGAUGACCAAUACAGUCCUCCAUCUAGGAUCCAUCUGGAGCAUGAAGAGGAAUCACGUAAUGACUUCCAGCAAUUUGAGACCAAUGAUCAAUGCAGACCUUAUCCUAGGAUCCAUUUGGAGCCUCAAGAGAAAUCAGAUACUAACUUCAAGCAAUUUGUCAUCAAAAAACUAGAGAAGAGUUGCCAGUGCAGUUCAACCAAAGCCAGAAAUAUCAUUUUUGGCUUCCUUCCUGUUUUGCAGUGGCUCCCAAAAUAUAAUCUGAAGAAAAACAUUUUAGGAGAUGUGAUGUCUGGCUUGAUUGUGGGCAUCUUAUUGGUGCCUCAAUCCAUUGCUUAUUCUCUCCUGGCUGGCCAAGAACCUGUCUAUGGUCUGUACACAUCUUUUUUUGCCAGCUUCAUUUAUUUCCUAUUGGGCACCUCCCGUCACAUUUCUGUGGGCAUUUUUGGAGUACUGUGCCUUAUGAUUGGUGAAGUAGUUGACCGAGAACUAUACAAAGCUGGCUAUGACACUGCCCAUGUUGCUCCUUCUUUAGGAGUGGUUUCGAAUGAGAGCACAUUAUUAAGCCAGACAUCAGGCAAGAUAUGUGACAAAAGCUGCUAUGCAAUUAUAGUUGGCAGCACUGUAACCUUUAUGGCUGGAGUUUAUCAGGUAGUGAUGGGCUUCUUUCAAGUGGGCUUUGUUUCAGUCUACCUCUCAGAUGCCUUGCUGAGUGGAUUUGUCACUGGUGCCUCCUUCACAGUUCUUACAUCUCAGGCCAAGUAUCUCCUUGGACUCAGCCUUCCUCGGAGUAGUGGCGUGGGAUCACUCAUCACUACUUGGAUACAUAUCUUCAGAAACAUCCAUAAGACCAAUAUCUGUGAUCUCAUCACCAGCCUUUUGUGCCUUUUGGUUCUUUUGCCAACCAAAGAACUCAAUGAGCGCUUCAAGUCCAAACUUAAGGCACCUAUUCCUACUGAACUCUUUGUUGUUGUGGCAGCCACAUUAGCCUCUCAUUUUGGAAAACUGAAUGAGAAAUACAAUACCAGUAUUGCUGGACAUAUUCCCACUGGGUUUAUGCCACCCAAAGCACCGGACUGGAACUUAAUUCCUAAUGUGGCUGUAGAUGCAAUAGCUAUUUCUAUCAUUGGGUUCGCUAUUACUGUAUCACUUUCUGAGAUGUUUGCCAAGAAACAUGGCUACACAGUCAAAGCUAAUCAGGAAAUGUAUGCCAUCGGCUUUUGCAAUAUCAUUCCUUCCUUCUUCCACUGCUUUGCUAGUAGUGCAGCUCUUGCAAAGACAUUGGUUAAAGAAUCCACAGGCUGUCAAAGUCAGCUUUCUGGUGUGGUGACAGCUCUGGUUCUUUUGUUGGUCCUCUUGGUAAUAGCUCCUUUAUUCUGUUCCCUUCAGAAAAGUGUCCUUGGUGUGAUCACUAUUGUAAAUCUCCGGGGAGCCCUACGUAAAUUUAAGGAUCUGCCGGAGAUGUGGAGGAUUAGCAGAAUGGAUACAGUUAUCUGGUUUGUUACUAUGCUGUCCUCUGCACUGAUAAGUACUGAAAUAGGCCUGCUUGUUGGGGUUUGUUUUUCUAUGUUUUGUGUCAUCCUCCGCACUCAGAAGCCAAAGACUUCAUUGCUUGGUGUGGUGGAAGAGUCUGAAAUCUUUGAAUCCAUGUCUGCCUACAAGAAUCUUCAGGCUAAGUCAGGCAUCAAGAUUUUCCGCUUUGUAGCCCCUCUCUACUACAUAAACAAAGAAUAUUUUAAAUCUUCCUUAUACAAAAAAACUCUCAACCCAGUCUUAGUAAAGGCAGCUCAGAAGAAGGCAGCAAAGAAAAAGAUCAAAAAGGAAACAGCAACUCUCAGUGGAAUACAGGAUGAAGUCUCAGUGCAACUUUCCCAUGAUCCCUUAGAGUUCCAUACCAUAGUGGUUGACUGUAGUGCAAUACAAUUUUUAGAUACAGCAGGGAUCCAUACACUGAAAGAAGUUCGCAGAGAUUAUGAAGCCAUUGGCAUCCAGGUUCUGCUGGCUCAAUGCAAUCCCUCUGUGAGGGAUUCCCUGGCCCGGGGAGAGUAUUGCAAAAAGGAAGAGGAAAACCUUCUCUUUUAUAGUGUAUAUGAAGCAAUGACUUUUGCAGAAGACUCUCAAAAUCAGAAAGAUAUAUAUGUUCCCAAUGGUCUGAGUUUUUCCAGUGACUGAUUGAGAAAGUAAAUAGAAGGAAGAAUACUGUCUAGCCCCAGAGGUUAAAAUUUCAAGUUUUUUAACAUUUUAUACUGUGGAACUGGAAAUUGUUGCACACUAGAAAUUUUAACCUUUUGGCUUGACAGAAUUCUUCCUUUGAAGCUGAUGGCCUUUGUAGAUACACAGAUGCAGCAGAGCUUUUAGUUAGGCAGAAUCAAAAAGAAGAAAAUAUUGUGGUUUUCAGCUUUCUUGCAAAUAUGAGAUAUUCUUGGAAUUAAAUAAAUAUCUACUGAAUUGAACUGUAAAGUAGCCCCAAAACUUAAUUGCCAUCCUGUUUUAGGAGAUUUGCAUCUGGACUGUUCCUUCUCCAGGAGGUAAAGGGGUAAAGCUGGCAUUUACAUGAGAAGUGCUGGAGCCUGUUUGGCAUGGCUCUUUGGAGAAGGAGUAGAAAGGAAGUAGGGAGAGAAUGUUGUGUCUGCUCUCCUAACAGCAGGUCAAGAGGCUUCUGGGGUGCGGGGUAGUAACUAGACAAGCUUGUUCUCACUUGUAAUUCUCUAUUCCCUGUCUUUGCCCCCCAGAUGGCAGUCGGAUCUCUGGCUUUUAAUAAGAAAGCACCAUUCCUCUCGGGCACAGUCUUAUCAGGAGUCUGAUGGCUGAGCAGGUUUGUGAAAUCCUACCAGCCAGCCCCAUAUUAUACAGAACGCUCUUGGUGAUACAUUUGAUGUUUUUAGUCAGCCUUUUUGUUUAGGGUAAGUAGGUAAGAAAAGAGCUCUUCAUAAUCAGCCAACAUAAUGAGAAUCCUCUCUGUCUCUUCUGUGAUCCCUAUCUGUCCCUGUUUCUGAGUAUUUCUCUACCAUUAAGCUCUGUUUUAACUUUCAGUCAUUUAGUGUGUUACCCAUGGAAUCUGUCCUAAACUGCUGUGUCUGAUUACCAGUGAGUGACAAGUUUGCCAGAUAAAAGGCAAAAUGCUAACUCAGCAAUUUUAUGUAGCCUUUUAAAUGAGCUUGAGGCAAACUGUUCAGGACAAAUUACAAAAAGGAAUGAU